CUCUCGCGGAGUGGGAGGGGCUGGUGACUGGCGUGGCGUCACGUCCGCGCGAGAGCGAGACGCAGGAGGAGUGUACGCGCAGUGAGUGCGAGCGCGAGAGGAUGGAGGCCGCAGAGCAGCAGCGGAGCUCGAGUGACGGCGCGACCGCCAGAGGAGCGGGAGUCCCAGGUAGCGGAGGCGGAGCAGGGCCGGGAGGAAGCGCGGAAGGAGAGCGAGACAGAGAUCGAGCCACUUUCGAGUGUAACAUCUGCCUGGACACCGCCCGAGACGCCGUCAUCAGCCUCUGCGGACACCUGUUCUGUUGGCCUUGUCUUCAUCAGUGGCUGGAGACGCGGCCCAGCAGGCAGCAGUGUCCCGUGUGUAAAGCAGGAAUCAGUCGAGAUAAAGUCAUUCCUCUGUACGGCCGCGGCAGCACCAGCCAGGAAGAUCCCAGAUUGAAAACGCCACCACGACCUCAGGGUCAGAGGACAGAGCCCGAGAGCAGAGGGUUUCAGGGUUUUGGCGACACAGGUUUUCACAUGUCGUUUGGAAUCGGUGCUUUUCCGUUCGGUUUUUUCACCACAGUCUUUAACGCCAACGACCCUUUUCACAGACCAGAUCCUCAUUACGGAGGCGAUCAUCAAGGCAACGGCAAUGCCAACAACGGCAACAACUGGCAGGACUCGCUCUUCCUCUUCCUGGCCAUCUUCUUCUUCUUCUGGAUGCUGAGCGUGUGAGAUGAUGGACGAGGACACUGUCCCAUGUGUGCUUUCAGAAGAUAAACUCACUACCUGUCUGUCUCAUGUCCAUAUAUGCGCGCAUACACACACACACACACACACACACACGUACACACACGUCAGUGUUGUGAGACAGUAUUAAUGACCGCCGUCAGUAGAUCAAACACUACAGGAGCUGAUGAAUCUCACCAAAACAUCUCAUGUUUCACCUCAGAAAUUACAUUGUGCAUAAAGAAAGGAUUUUCAUGAUUAUUAAACGCAUUCAUCCCCAAAUUCUCAUUACUUUAAUGUGAUGUUUUUACUGUAGUAAUAUAAAAGUGUUUUUUUUUUAGCAUUAUGGUAAUAAGAAUUGGCAGGGGAGGAUAUGUUUCAUUAAUUGCUGAGUAAUUAAUUGUCAUAAGUUCAUGAAGAGUUCAUAAUGCAUUUUCUUUUUUGUGAUUUUUUUGGGGUGGAAUAUUACCCAGAACUCCUUCUCGACAGGUUUCAUGAGGUUCACCAUGUUCUCCGCUUUUUGUAGCUUUUCAUUUUCAUGCCAAAGAAAUUCUGAACCUAGAGAAAUAUGAAGACAGAAAUGUGAUUUAUGUGUGGAUUUAUUAUUUGGAUACUCCUGAAAGCGCUUUGAGGCCGUUACACUGUGCGUUUGGACAGCACGUAAAUACAAAAAAACAAAACACGUGAUUUAUUUUGGAGUGAAAUGUGACCUGAACAUGCUUUUGUGAGAUUCGCCCAUCGUUUUCAGUGUUCAGGGUUUAGAAUCGCCUCAAAGAUGCUCGUUAGUCGUAAGCUAAUCCAGAUCAGACGCUGGAGUUCCGGUUUCGAUGCGGUUCACACGCGUUCAGACCCGGAUGGAGCUUCAGGUCUGUUCAGGAAGUGUUUCCACAACAGUUUGACCUGCUGUGUUUGUUGUGUAAAGCAGACGUGACCGCUAACACACAGCGUACGUCAUAACUGUUAUUAAUCACCUGAUUAUGAGUUAACACGCUAUUAGAUAUGAUUUACAGGGUGAAUGAUUGGGUGAAAUCUGAGUAAAUAUAUUGUCAUAGAUAAGAAACUUAGAAAAACAGUGAAUUUAAUUUUCAUCCUGAUAAUGUUGUGUUGGAGUGUGUAUGUAUGUGUAUAUAUGGAUAUUGUACAUGAUGUUUUUAAGCGUCUCUCUGUCAUUGGCUGUGACGUUGAUUGACAGCCGAGAGGUGAUGGUUUGUAAUCCUGUUGGUUUUAACUGUUUGUCGGUGUAACAAACAUCCUGUGAAACAACAUUUGUGUUUAUUUCCUCUCGCUGCACAGUCCUUCUGGACCUCUUGUCUGAAGACUCUGACCACGCCCACUUUUAAAAUGUCGACGCAGGUCGUGUUGAUUGACGGCUGCUGGGCAUGAAGUGGGUGGGGUUUACGGUCAGAAUCCGUUGAUUCUUAUUGGAUGAUUUUGGGUGACUUUGAAAUUGCUCUUUUUCCUUUUUUUGCAUAUCACUGGUUAAUUAUGUUUGUAAUGAGUCUUUUAUGCCAUAAAGAGUCUUUUGGUAGCUAAAUUGCAUAUAAUUAUUGUGCAUAUGCGGCAGAAACUAAAGUGGGUGUGGCCUGUUCUCUGGCACUUGAUAAAUAAACAUUUAAUACAA